CCUCAAAGAAUCUCUCAGGAUACUCUUCUUUCACAACAUCAAUCAGCAAAGAGCAGCCGCUCCUCUUCUCAUUGCGACCGACUCAGAUUCCUCGCAGCUCAUACUUUUCCCUUCGCAAUGCCUUCCUCUUCGUCUAAGACGUUGGUUCUCUGGAAGCCCUUUUUUGGAGGGGGUUCGUCCUCUUCCAAGAAAGGGCCCGUGAAGCCUCAUCGCGCCAAGGCAUCUGCGCCCCAGAGCUCCGGUUCUGAGAAGGGUCCUUAUGAUGAGGAAAGCAAGUCUGUGGUGAGCGAAGUCGAAAGUAAGAUUUGCGUUAGCAAAAUGAUCACUUUUGUUGUUGUCCAUCCCAGUCAAAAGGAUCAGAUGAAGAGUAUCGUGAGAGAAAAACGGAAAGCGGAGGAAGAGAAGCAGAAAAAGAAGGGGUCGAAGAACAAAAAACAUGGCACAGUUUCCACUGCCGUUGUCACCACGCAGGAUGGUCUUCAGCGCCACAUCGACGCCGCCCUCCCCAAGGACCCCAAGGACCCCAAGGACCCCAAGGACCCCAAGGAGCCCAAGCAGUUCACCAAAGUCUGCAUCAUCGUCGGCUCGGGUGUUGAAAUCAUCACGUACGAAAUCUCAUACGCCGUGAAGGAAGUCUACGUUGUACCCUACAACCCCGAGGGACAACGUAACAAGCUCCGCAUUGGUAGUUCCUCGACUUUCUGUGGUGUCAAGGCCUAUGCUUGGCCGCAACGUCAGUCGGCCCGCGACCGUAGGUUGGAACAUGCGGAAGGAUGCUAUUUCAACUUUUCGGACGUCAUGGGUGAGGCUAGAGGGCUGCUCCAGCCACAGAUUGCGCCCGAAAUGUCUGAAGACGCGCUUUCUGAGCAAUUCAACAGCCUCAGCUCGCAGCUGAUGAGGCUCGAGGAAGACAGAACGCCUGAAUCACAGAGACAAGUGAGUUUGGGAGCCCAUGAUUCCUCACUCCCCGCCGCUGAUGGUACAGGCUCGUGGUUCGACAAAUCGAAGGGCCUUCUGGCCACCAUCGUAGGACUUGUUUGCGGCGCUGGUGCCGGUGCCAUGACCGGAGGGUUUGUUCUCACCUCUGGGGGCAUCUCCCUAUCAGGACCUUUGGGGUUUUCUUUGACUACGAAAUAUUUCUGCGCGGCAGGUUUUGGGGCCGCUUGUGGCACGGCCGCUGCCACCACGAUUUUAGCUGGUGCUACUGUUUACUUGAUUCCGUGGGGAACAUUGUGGAAAUACGCCCAGGAGAUACUUGGGAGUAUCUGGAAACGUUUUGGCGAUAUGGUUGUGUCAGUUUUGGGGAAGGUGAAAGCUGUGGUCAUGUCAUUUGUCUCGAAGGUGAUUGCCAUCUUCCCUUCAUUCUCCGUGUCAGGCCCGCGUGUGCACUCCAACUGA